GUGGUCUCCGGUAUCCGGUUCUUUCCGUAAUCCUGCGCCGGUGGAAUUUUAAAUCCGUUCCUCCAGCGGGAUCUGCUCAGUGGAGAUUGUUUACGGUGACUGCUACAUUGCAUUGUUAUUUAGAACGCCUAAAUGCUGCAUUGUAACGUUCGCAGAAUGCGCGUUGUUGUUUUUUAAAACGUUUAAUUGACACAUUGUCACACUCGCGUUGUUUAGAACGUUGUUAUUUAACAUUUGCGGAAUGACGAUAUUGUUUAGAAGGUUAAAUGGCUACAUUAUAGCUCUCGCAGAAUGAGCGUUUCGGAACGGUUUAGAACUUUUCUCUGUUACACUGUAACAUUGCAAAAGUGAGCAGAGCAGCCCAGCGGGAUCCGGUGUAAAUAUUCAACAAAUGAUAGAGGAGGAGUCGGUGCACGAUAAAAGGGAUGUGAACCGAGAGCAAAGAGCUUUGGACUCGGUUUAAAGCGCGCGUUCACUGUGUUCUCUUCAGUUUGCUUGAAGUCCUGCUGCUUUAUUAUGACGAGUGAUCUCUCAUAACAGGAUUUGGGCAUUAUCGGUCGGAUUAUGAGUGAUUAUCCAUGCAAAGUGGCACGAGAUUGACUUAGUUUCAGAUCUUGUGGGGAUUUUUUUCUGUUCUUCUUUUCCACCCGUUCGGAAGCAUAUGAUUAAAGAGUUAUUCUGGAAACAUAUUUGCAUCCGUUCUGUAUAGGAUGCACCCAGAAAGCAAUGAAAACCCUGCAGGAGCAGCGAGUGGGAUUCCUGGUUCGGAGGAACCGACCACUGAACCGCAGGCUGGACAUACUGAACACUCUGCAAUGGAGCACAAAGACCCGCAGGGGUACGAGGAACCGGAGCGUAAGCUGGAGCCGGAGGACAGCACGGUGCAGCUGCUACAAACCGGCUGCCCCGACAAGCGUCCGGCGACGCCGCCCGACGCACACCCGGGACCGGGAUUCGUUCCCCCGGAGGGAGGUUUCGGCUGGGUCGUGGUGAUCGCUGCUACGUGGUGCAACGGCUCGAUUUUCGGCAUCCAGAACUCAUUCGGGAUUCUGCACAUGAUGCUUGUGAAAGACCAUCAGGAACUGACGGACCAGGCGUCUCAGUUUAAAGUGGAGCCCCAGAGUCUGGUGGCAGCUGCCUGAAGCUGCUCUCUGGACCCGCCCCAGACAGAGGGAGACGCCCACUCACAUCACACACUGACACCUGCUCCCAUAGCAGGAGCAUUUUUUUGAUUUUGUUUAAAGGCAAAUAAACGUAUGGCGUUAUUUGUUUACU